UCGGACCCGCGCCCCCACUCAGCGCAGGACCGGCCCGGGAUCCCCGCCCGCGCGCAGCGUCCCGCGACCCCCGCUGCCUGGCCGCCAGCGGUGUACCCCACUGCGCAGUGCAAGAACAUGGCGGGAUCGGUGGCCGACAGUGAUGCCGUGGUGAAACUAGAUGAUGGGCAUUUAAACAACUCCUUGGGCUCUCCGGUUCAAGCAGACGUGUACUUCCCACGACUGAUAGUUCCAUUUUGUGGGCACAUUAAAGGUGGCAUGAGACCAGGAAAGAAGGUGUUAGUGAUGGGCAUUGUAGAUCUCAACCCAGAAAGCUUUGCUAUCAGCUUGACCUGUGGUGACUCUGAAGAUCCUCCUGCUGACGUGGCAAUUGAACUCAAAGCUGUGUUCACAGACCGACAGCUACUUAGAAAUUCUUGUAUAUCUGGAGAAAGGGGUGAAGAACAAUCAGCCAUCCCUUACUUUCCAUUCAUCCCAGACCAGCCAUUCAGGGUGGAAAUUCUUUGUGAGCACCCACGUUUCAGAGUGUUUGUGGAUGGACAUCAACUCUUUGAUUUUUACCAUCGCAUUCAAACGUUAUCUGCGAUUGACACCAUAAAGAUAAAUGGGGACCUCCAGAUCACCAAACUUGGCUGACAGCAUUUAAACCACUUCUAUUUCAAAUAGGAUCAGGUGCCACAACCAUAUGACUGUCGGUCUGGAAUAAAUGUCCCAGCAAGAUCUGGAGACUUACAAAGAAAACAAAAGGCAAGCUUCACUGUCUCUUCUUUCUGUGCAGUUUAAACCCAAAAUGACAACUUCAACUAUGGUUUGCCCAUAGGAAGAAAGCUGUCGGACAAAGACACCGAGCCAUUAUUCCCAAAACGAAGUAAUACAUGUAUGCUGGAUUUAUUCAGACAAAACUAAAAUGGAUUUGUGAUGAUUUGUGAUUGGAUAGCAAAUUAUUUGUCAUUUCAAAGCAAGGUGAUGUUUAGAAACAAAGUGCUAAAGACAUCAAAAACAACAACGGUACACCGAAAUCAACACUUUUCUGCACUGAAGUAGAAUUGUGUAGCACAACCAACAUUUUAGUCAGGGUAUUUACAUAGAAUGUAGGUUGCUCAAGAUUUAUUAUUUUUUCUUUCUUCCUUUUUUUGCACAGCAUAAUGUCAGUUCAGAUUUUUGAAGCUUUCUUGUAGUUAUUUAUUUAUAUUCAAUGUAUGUAUUACAGAAUGAGCAAUGUCUCAAGAACAGCGAAUUAUGAACUUUCGAAUGUACAAAUAUCUUGGGUCUGAGAGGGGAAAUUACGUAUUACAAUCAUAAAACAGGUGAAUUUAUAUCUUAAAGAGUUGGGUUGUAUCCUCCAUACUCCUGAACAUAGGAUCUCUUAAUAUAAAUUGUCAUAAGUGCUUUUGGGAAAAAAAUUUGCAACAUUUUGAUAAAAUUGCUAUUCAUGUUGUCGAUUAUGUAAAAUUCUAUUUAUAUUGCUUUUUCUCCUAACUGAAUUAGCACACUAUUGGCUUCCUUAAGACUAAUUAAAUACUUCUCCCUAGCUUUACAUAAUAGCUCAUUAAGUUGUUAUUAAAUUCAUUGAAGAUACAAGAGAGGGGGAUUGCAUAGAUAAUUUUUGAAUGAUUAUUACAUAAACUUUUAAAAGUAUAUGAAAAUGAUUUUGGAGUGUAGUGUAAAGCAGACAAAUGGCCCCGAAUGACCUACUUGGAAAUAAUUUAUGUCAACUUAAGCUGUUAGCUCAUUAUAUAACUUUUCUUAUAUGACCCUCACCAGUAUCCCAAAGCAAUGCCUUUGGAGCUUCAGAGUAGAAGAUGCUUCCUACUGUGUUGGCUCUGUGGCUGGGAGGAGCUAGUGACUUGGAGGAGAUAGUAGGAUAAGAUGGAAUCCAGAUUAGGAAAGAAUCCAGUUAAUUUAUCUGAAAGGUUAACUCCCAGGACUCCAGGUCUUUGAGUCCAGCCAAUACUGUGAGUGCUUCCAGUGAAGCCUUAGGAGUUGCCCUGCGCUUGCAAAACUGAUCAAGCCUGGGAGCAGCUCCAGCAGGAGGCUGCAGACUGCAAAUGCCACCACAGGGCCAGGGAUGGUUGGAUGCUGAACCUCACAAGGUGCAUUGGCUCUGGAGAGAAGGACCCUUGGCAUUGCUUUGGCCAGGUAGUGGGGGAAGAAAGGGGUGCUGGGGUGGGGGUAUAUUUAUAUAUAAUUUAGGUUUUGUUUGUACAGCAUACUGCGUCUUGUUAUGACACGUCCUUGUCCUGCUUGGCUUUUGAGUUUGUUUUUUUUUACACGACAUGCAGAGGCACGGAAGUGGCUAUGUCAUUUUUCACGUGCUGAAAAGGUAGACAGUGUUUCAGUACCAAAGUCUAAGAUAAACAAAGCAAACUAAAAUCGUGAAUUUUUAUAGGUGAUAUAUUUGGAUUUUUCUCAACUUUGAAACUGUUUAGCACAGUUCUAUGGUGUUAUAGAAGAUAUUUUAUCCAACAACACUGGCUGCACAUUAAAAAGCUUUAUGUACCAGCUGACUUAGCCAUAUUCAGCCAGGAGAGCUGUUCGGGUGGCUCCAGGUAUUUUCAGGCCUUUGAUUAACUUCUCAUGGCUUAUAAAGCCAUUUUUAAGGAGUAUCUAUAGAGAGACUUAGAGGGCACCCUGAAAUAUUUUUGUAGGGAUUUUGAUCCAACUUAUGCUGGACAAUCCCAGGGGAGGAUGCUUUUGAGUGGUCAACUUUUCCUACCCACUGCAUAAUUCAGCAGAAACCAGAGGAGCAGGGAGUAUAACUGAUUAGAAGUGGCUGUGUUCUCUCUGCCUAUCAGCUAACUCAUUAGCAACCAAGCCCUUAGGCAGCUUAGUGUGAAAAUGCGUGUUAACCCUUCCUUUUCCUAUGAGGUCAAUGGGAACUUCUUGGAUAAAUCUACUGGGAUUAAUCUCAGUGAUGUGAUGACUUGAUUUAGGUAUAGCUAAAUGAGUACAGGGCUAAUCCCGCCAUCCUAAUGGUUAGCUGGAAACUGGAACAUGUUCACACCCUCUCCUCUGCCUGUGAGGUCUAAGGUGGGAAUUUCAGGAUUGAAAGUGCAAUUUAAAGCUUCACAGGAAAGUAUUUGCGUAUGUAAGGAGAUAUUUCUGACCAGAGCCCUAGUUUUGCAAUAACCCAAACCAAGGAAUAACAAUCAGGCUCUGGGGAAAUAAAAGGCAGGCUUUAGACAAUCUGUUUCUGCAGCAAAAUUAAAGUGAAAAUGUAUAUCUACUUAAAACCUAAUGGAAGUGAUUUCUGCUCUCUGGGUGGUCCCAGAAUUGUUUUUAAAUUAUUUUUAUAAAUUUUGAAACCCCAUUUCAAAUCUUACCAGCCUCAGUUCAGACCCUCCUAAGAGAUCACUCUUAGGAUUGAUGAUUUAUUUGCUAAAUGGCAAGUCUUUCCAUUUGUCUUUAAAAGAAAAUAUCCAAAAAGAGGGCAUGAGCCCUGUUGCCUUGAGAGAAGCAGCCUUGGCAUUUUCCAGCAUUAAGGUAGGAAAAAUGUUCCUGUGAUGACAUAUUUUCAAAGAAACACUUUCUUAUUUACUGCGUGGUGUAAAAUGUUGCUAUAUGUAUUGUUACAUUAUGUCACUGCUGAAAGUUAUUUGCACUAUAAUAAAGGAGUUUUCUACAAAA